AUGGUCUCUACUCGGACGAGGCCCGACGAGGGAACGAGUCGCAGGCCUGGAUUGAGGUCAAAGGUGGUAGGGGGAAGUUCCCGCGUAUCUCUCGGAUCUCGGCGGGAUCACCGGGGCAAGGAAGACAUCGGAAGAGCUUCUCAGACCAGUGAUCGUAAGAGUCGCUCCAGGAGGCCUAGCGACCCUCGCGAGGGCCGCAACCAUGGUUCAGCCAAACACGGGAGGAGCCGGUCCCGCCGGACUAGUAAAGAAGCAGAAAUGAGUAAAGAGCCUUUAGGGCGUUCUCGUCCGUCCCGUUCACCCAAACGAGGAUCCCAUGAUGACCGUUUCUGGAAGACCUUUGCCGGGAGGUUCCCCGGGUUCGAGGAGCAGUUUCGUAAAUUUGAAGAUAUGUAUUAUGAAGAAAAGCGCGAGGGCCCAGAUGACAGCCUUAUUUUCAUGGGAGAAGGAAAGGUCCCCCAGGGUCGUGACCUGUCCAAGGAACGGGACCCAAAACCCCCACCAAGACCUGAGCCAUGGGUGGACCGCGAGGCCAUGGACUUGCGGGAUUCACCCCAGGAGUUCUCUGCUAAAGCAAUGGCUACCUUCCUGACAGGUGCUACCAUGAUUUGGUUCCAUAACCUACCCCCGGGGAGCGUUAGGUCCUACGCGGAUCUAGGGCAAAAGCUCCAUGUUCGGUUCUUCUCUAGCAAGAGAGCCAGUCAUACCAUCCACGACUUGUCGUCGGUUCGGCAGCGUUGGAACGAGUCAUUGGGGAAGUGUUAUGAACGAUUCACGAAGGAGCUCAUGAUGAUAGAUCAAGUUGAUGAUUUGGUUGUGAGAGUGGAGUUCGUGAAUGGCCUCUCCCCUUUUGGUACGGGUGCAACCCUGAGGGGUAAGCUCACGGCUAAACCCCCGGCCACCAGCCAGAAGUUAUGGGAGACAGUAGAGAAGGAGAUUCGGACGGAUGAAUCCAUGAAAAGAGCCAAGGAAGCCUUUGGAGAAGGCGAGAAGAAAGCUGGAAACCGGAGGCGAAGAAGCUGA